AUGGUUUUCCUUAACAUUGUUUACAAAAUAACAACAGGGUAUUUUUCAGAGAACACCAUAGUUUUAGCUCAAGGGGAAAUGCUUUUAGAUGGUACUUUUCAAGUUCAAACAUUUGGUUUUCCACCAUUAGAAGAUAGAGAGAAGUCAACCUCAUUAUUCACAGGACUUGAUUAUUUUGGUGGUGGGACCCUUGCAAAAGAGGACACUAUUAGACUUGCAGAAAUGGAAUCAAGGGCAGUUAAUGAAAUGUUUGUCAUACUUUCUGACAUUUGGUUGGAUCAUGAGGAGACCAUGGCAAAGCUACAGAUUGUUCUAGAUGGUUAUGAAGAAGUUGAAGUGGUUCCUUCUCUUUUUGUGUUAAUGGGAAAUUUUUGUUCACAUCCAUUUAACCUUUCAUACAAUUCUUUCUCAAAUAUCAGAUUGAGUUUUGGUAAGCUUGGGGAACUGAUUGCAAAGCAUCCGAGGUUGAAAGAGCAGAGUAGAUUCCUUUUCAUUCCUGGACCUGAAGAUGCAGGUCCUUCAAGUGUUCUACCAAAGUGUGCAUUACCCAAAUACAUAACUGUAGAGCUUCAGAAGCACGUGCCAAAUGCCAUAUUUGCAAGCAAUCCAUGCAGAAUCAAGUUUUACACACAGGAAAUAGUAUUCUUCAGACAAGAUUUACUUUACAGAAUGAGAAGGAAUUGUCUGAUUCCUUCUUCAACAGAAGAAACAAGUGAACAUUUUGAGCAUCUUGUGGCUACAAUAACACAUCAAAGUCAUCUAUGCCCUCUUCCUUUAAGUGUUCAACCGAUUAUUUGGAAUUAUGAUCACUGUCUUCAUCUCUAUCCAACUCCACAUACGAUUGUAUUGGGUGAUAGUAGUGAACAAAAGGCAUUCAAGUACACGGGUAUUACUUGCUUUAAUCCGGGUUCUUUUGCAAAUGAUAGCACUUUUGUGGUAUAUCGGCCUUGCAAUCAAGAAGUUGAAUUAUCGGCUUUAGACACUUGA